UGUACAUGUAUCUUUCAACUCUCCCCCACCCACCUGAAAUUCAACUCCAGUGACAAUUCCUCUACUCCUAAUAAUCCUACAGCUUUACAGCCACACACAAAUAUUUCUUGUUAUUGCUUUCUAGGUUGACUUGUGUUGUUGAGUUCUUUGGUCGAUAGUUGAAGAAGCACAAGAAUGAGUUUCAGAGAAGAGAGUGACGAUGGAAGAGGGGAUAUUAGGAAGCCAUUUUUGCAUACUGGGAGUUGGUACAGAAUGGGUUCUCGCCAGUCUAGCAUGAUGGGGUCAUCUCAGGCUAUUAGGGACAGCUCAAUUUCUGUUGUAGCUUGUGUCUUGAUCGUUGCUUUGGGGCCUAUCCAGUUCGGUUUCACUGCUGGUUAUUCUUCGCCCACGCAAAAUGCUAUCACAAAGGAUCUUGGCCUCACUGUGUCAGAGUUCUCUCUUUUUGGUUCUUUAUCGAAUGUCGGAGCGAUGGUUGGGGCAAUAUGUAGCGGUCAGAUUGCGGAUUACAUUGGGCGAAAAGGGUCUUUGAUGAUCGCUGCCAUACCCAAUAUCAUUGGUUGGCUUGCCAUUUCAUUUGCAAGGGAUGCAUCAUUUUUGUAUAUGGGAAGGUUAUUGGAAGGAUUUGGCGUCGGAAUAAUCUCGUACACUGUGCCUGUAUACAUCGCAGAGAUAGCCCCUCAGAACAUGAGAGGGGGAUUGGGAUCGGUGAACCAGCUUGCUGUCACAAUUGGUAUUAUGCUGGCUUAUCUGCUGGGACUUUUUUGCAGUUGGAGAGUGCUUGCUGUUCUGGGAAUAUUGCCUUGUCUAAUAUUGAUACCUGGCCUAUUUUUCAUCCCGGAGUCCCCUCGAUGGUUGGCAAAGAUGGGAAUGACUGAUGAUUUUGAAGUUUCUUUGCAAGUUCUUCGGGGUUUUGAUGCAGAUAUUUCCCUUGAAGUAAAUGAAAUCAAGCGAUCUGUAGCAUCAACAAGCAGAAGAACAACUAUUCGUUUUGGCGAUUUCAAACAGAAGAGAUACUGGUUCCCUCUAAUGGUGGGAAUUGGAUUACUGAUGCUGCAACAGCUAACUGGGGUUAAUGGUGUUCUGUUUUAUACCACUAGCAUAUUUGAAUCAGCUGGAAUUUCAUCGAGUAAUAUUGCAACAUUCGCAGUGGGUGCUAUCCAGGUUGUUGCAACUGCUGUUGCUACAUGGUUGGUGGACAAAACUGGGCGUCGGCUUCUACUGAUCAUUUCCUCUUCUGGGAUGACUAUUAGUCUCCUACUGGUUGCUGUUUCAUUCUUCAUCAAGGAUCAUGCAUCAGACGAUUCUUCCAUCUACAGUAUAUUCAGUAUCCUACCUGUAGUUGGUGUUGUGUUGAUGAUAAUUUCUUUUUCUCUUGGACUCGGGCCCAUACCGUGGCUCAUAAUGUCUGAGAUUCUUCCCGUCAAAAUCAAAGGCCUUGCUGGAAGUGUAGCUACGCUAGGUAAUUGGUUGGUUGGCUGGGCUAUUACAAUGACUACCCCUUUGCUGUUGUCUUGGAGUGAUGGAGGAACUUUCACCUUUUUCACGAUCAUGUGCGCCUUCACGCUGGUGUUCGUGGCGCUCUGGGUUCCUGAGACAAAAGGAAAAACGCUAGAGGAGAUACAGUUUUUAUUCAGAUGACAGCAUUUCUUCUACCACUUUUUCCUCCUCCUCCUCCUCCUUUUUUGCUAAAAUUUUUCCCUCUUUCCUCAUUUCUUUUUGUUGUUGUUGUUGUUGUUGUCUUCUUAUCCAUAUGGGGCGGUUCUUAUGUUGUGUACUAUGCCCUCUUUAUAGUGUCAAAUUUAGAUCUACAGCAGUCACAAAUAAUGCUUGGCAAAUUGCUUCUUCAAAUUCAUUGCUACUGCGGUGAGUCCUUUUUGCACA